GCCCCGGAAAAAGCUGCUGCUUAUUUUGUGUCCUCAGAGGCGAGUUAGCGACAGCUCUCGCGCUGUGCCAUGGCGGAUGAGCUCUGCGCCGAGCUGGUGGGAUCGAUUUUGUGCUGUAGAGCACACCUACGAGUACACCUCAAUCUCCAUCGGCUUGCGGCAAAUAGGCCUGGGCGAUGCCGACGCAGCGUCGCUGGCGCUGUCCUUGCGCAGCUUUCUGGCUCGCAAUGUUGACCCCAAUUUGCCUGUCCAGGUGGAUCUGGAUGCCUCAGACAACGACUUGGGGGACGCGGCGGCGGCCGGCCUCCUUGAGGCCUUGCGAGGCUGCCAGCUCCGAUCUGUGAAGCUGUACAAGAACCGGGUGUCGAACCAAAGUUGUUCGGCCUUGGCGUCUUUGCUUUGGGAGCAGAAGGAGCCCUGCGAGGAGAUCCACCUGUCGCACAAUGAGAUCGACCACCGGGGGGUCGCGACGUUGCUGGCCGUCUUGGCGAUGCAUGGGGCGUACCCCAGGACUGUCGAGCACUUGGAGGAGGCGAUUCCGGCAUGGCUGCGCUUAGAGCAGAACCAGGCAACGAGCAUAGAUCACCUGCUCUCCGUGCUUCAGAAGGACCCUGUGCGGCUCCGCUACUGCCCCGCUCUGCGAGAGGCGGGCUGCAGUGCCUUCCGCUGCUCCGAGGCAAAGGUCCGGGAGGAGAUGCCUCAUGUCCACCUCUUCGGCAUCGGCAAGCAGAAGGACCUCCCAGAUCUACCGGAGCUCCCGCAACUCGAGUCCAUGGCACUGGCUGUGGCAGACUCGGUGGUGGCCGGCAAGUUUGAGGCCAAAGUGGAGCUGCCUCUGGCGGUGUCGAUCCCGGCGACACCGGCGGCACCGGCGGAACCGGUCUGCACCCGUACGGUGCAGCUGCGGGUCGACCCGGACACUGGAGCUGGGCUGGAGAUGAGCGCCCAUUCGCACGGAUACCACGUGGAUGGCAUCGAGGAAGAGCCGGGCCAAGAUCUCGAACCGGGAGAUGUGCUGCUCUCGGUGGACGGUGAGGCGCUCUGGGGCGACCUUUCUGAGGACGAGCUCAGCGAGGCCUUCGGGCGCGAGUUCUCGGAGGGCGCGAACAUCCGAGUGGCCCGGGCAGCCGACGUGGAGGGCUCCUUGGUGUGGCAGGCGCUGGGCGCUCGAGUGCGGGCGAAGCAGCUGAUGUGGGCGCUGCGCCAAGACCUAGGCAUCAUGGGCGCGAGUCUGGGCGUGCGGGCGGAGUUGCAGGAGGUGGAAGAGGCGGGUGAGGAGUCCGCCUCGCUGGCGGUUCUGUUGGCAGGGCCCGCCAAGGCCCAGCGCCUCGCCCGCGCGGAGCUGCAGAACUUGGCAAGGUUCUACUUUCCGGAGCUUUGGAGCCACGCCUGGCCGGCUUGCUGCUGGGUGAAGGGGGCUCCAGCAGCGCGAAAGGACGGUGCAAGCCAAGGCCAAGUCGAGCAGCCCACAGCUGAUGAGAGCCAUGAGGAUCUGGCUUCCUGGGAGAGCGCUUUGCGAAAGCAAUGGGGCGAGGACGACGACAUUUUCGACGAAGAGCUUCCAGUGGAGCCUCUCGAGGCCCCGGACGAGGGCCCGGAGAUCUUCGAGGGCGAGACGAUGAUGCCGGAGCUGGACAUGUCGCGGCCCUUCCAGAUGCUUUUGCUCGUGGGGCUCCCUGGCUCCGGGAAGAGCACUUUGGCCAAGCGUCUGCACGGCUGGGACGUGGUGAACCAGGACACGCUGGGGGACCGUAAGGCCUGCGUUGAAGCCGCCCGGGAGCUGCUGGCAAAGAACCGGCGCCUCGUGGUGGACCGAUGCAACUGCACCCGGCUGCAGCGCCGCGUGUGGCUGGAGCUGGCGGAUGACUACGAAGCUGGAGUAGCCUGCAUUUGGCUGGACGUCCCGGAGGAGGUGUGUGGAGAGCGUGUCCUUCAGCGCUUCGGGCAUCAGACUUUGCCUGCCGAAGACAAGAGCCUUGCGGUCAUCGCCGCCUUUGCCCGGCGCUUCGAACCUCCCAUGGAGGCUGAAGGCUUUGUUCGCUGGCGGGUCAGGGAUGACGAUGACCUCGACGAGGCGCUCGCAGGGCACGCGGAGCUCGUCAAGGAAGCUGAGGCUGGCCUGCCGGAAGAUGACGACGUGCCGGCCAAACGCCGGCGGCUGGAGGCGCCGCAGGCUCUGGAACUGCACAGCCGCGCGGCGCGGGGCCACUUCCUGCGGGUGCUGCGGCGACAGGUGGAGUUCUACUUCUCGGACAAGAACCUGAAGAGGGACUGGUUCUUCCAGGAGAAGAUCGCCUCAGAGCCUGAGCCCGGCUGGCUGGAGCUUUGUUACAUCAUGUCGUGCCCACGAGUUCGCGACGUGCACCGCGCCAGCGAGCAAGAUGUCCUGGAUGCCCUGGCGUCGUCCUCGCUCAAGGUGAAGGAAGUGGAUGGCCGGCACUGGCUGGCGCGACCUCAGCCGCUGCCGCGUCUGGAAAUCGCCCGCCCGGGGCGGCCGAACUCGGAGCUGCUGCACGACUCCGUUGACCGAGAGGAGGACUACACUGAGGCAGCUCAAGAGGACAGUCGACCGGAUGCGUCCUCUGGCAGCCCAGAGGAAGUGGACCGCGCUCUGGAGCUCCAGGGCCAGGGCCGUCGAGCAGACGGGGAGAGCGACACAUCGGAGGAAGCCGCUGCUGAUCCCUACAUGUAGCUCGUGCAUGUAGCUCGCGGAGGAAGAAAAUGGGCGGCCUGAAACCAUGGGAGGGCCACUGGCUGGCGAGAGCUUCUCAGUUUUUCAAAUGCAAGAAAAGC